AUGCCCCCCCAGGCGGCCGAAGCCAGCUGCAGUGACGCCCCGCCUGUCGACGCCGCGCUGGCGGUGCUGCUGCAGCUCUGCCCUACGGCGCUCCUGGCAUUUGAUGAUGGCACCAGCCUGCCAGCCAGCCGCGAGCUGCUCAUGAUUGCGUCGCCCAUGCUCCACGACAUGCUGACCUCCAGCCAGCUCGACGCUGGGCCAGGCGGCACCGUCGUUAUCCCGCUCCCCGGCGACAAGCGUGAGGAAUGGCUGCUGGUGCUGCCGCACAUUUACCCGUGGGAACCCCAGGUCACGUGGGAGAGCGUGGAGCCCCUGAUCCAGCUGUGCCUCAAGUACAACCUGAGGGGCCUGCGGGCGCCGCUGGACAGGUUCCUGUCUGUGGCCGCGGCUUCCGUCAGCAAGCUGCGACAGGCCAAGUCCUGCCGAUCCCGCUGCCAAGCGACCCCCUGA